AUGGAUCCCCCGGCUGAAAAAGGACCGGCUGGAAAAAAAAUUCGUGCGCGCACCAGCCGGGAUUCGAACCAACGACACGGCAAGGUGGAGGCCCCCGUCCGCCUUGAUGUCUGGGAAUGUCCCAAGUUCGUCAAGAGAAAGGCCCUGGAGAAAUCGAGCCAUCUCAAGGACGAUUCCUUCACCAUCCGCUGCGACAUCAUCGUCCUCAACGAGUUCCGCGCCAAGGAGGGGCUGCCGCCGGGCCCCGCUCUCGGAUCCAUCCCCGUGCCCCCGUCCGACCUGGGCCAGCAGCUCGGCGACCUCCUCGCGGCCGACAAGGGCGCCGACGUCGUCUUCGAGGUCGGCGGCGAGACGUUCCCGGCGCACCGGUGCCUGCUCGCGGCCCGGUCGCCCGUCUUCAGCGCCGAGCUCUUCGGCUCGAUGAGGGAGAGCACCGGCGCCGGCGCGGUCCGCGUGUCCGACAUGGAGGCGGGUGUGUUCAGGGCGCUGCUCCGCUUCGUGUACACGGACUCGUGGCCGCCGGAGACGGCGGAAGGAGAGGAAUUCGCCAUGGCCCAGCAUCUGCUCGUGGCGGCGGACAAGUACCGCAUGGAGAGGCUCAAGCUAAUCUGCGAGGACAAGCUGUGCAAGAACAUCGCGGCGGGCACGGCGGCGAGCAUCCUGGCGUUGGCUGAGGUGCACCACUGCCAUGAGCUCAAAGGUGCAUGCUUCCAUUUCCUCAGCUCUCCGAAGAACCUGACGGCAGCCAUGGCCGGCGACGACUUCGAGAAUCUGCGCUCAAGCUUCCACUCUCUUGUCAAGGAGUUGAUUGCCAAGUGCUCGAUCGAUGCCUCAGCUCAGUGAUGGUUGA